AUGACGGAUACCUUAGAGCUUUGCGUUGCGUCGUUGGAGUCAAGUACUGGUCUUCUGGAUGAGGCGGUGAGAAAUUUGACGGAAAGAGGUAAAGCUAGCAGUCAUUUGACCAAAUCGUUUCUUCAUGUCAAAAGAGUAUUCGAGCUGAUCCCUGAAUAUGACUUUCAGAAAGCGAAACUGGAUCUCAUUGAAGAGGUUGAGCCGCUAGUGAACAAUUUGAAUAAUAAACUGGAAAAAGCGCUGUCCCGGUUAGAACGCGAGGCAGGCAAUCUUGCGCAAACUUAUGAGCUGAACAAGUUACGGCUCAGUAAGAUAAACGUCGAUCAAGAAGACGUUGAAUUCGAUAUGAGUGCCGAUCCAGUGGUUAUAGUCUCGUCGACCAGCGAGGAAUUGGAAGAGCUCAAACGUCUGAAGGGUGAGAAAGAAAGAUCUCUUCAUAAAAUUCAAGAGAUGGAGCGAAGCAUCAUUGUGCCAGAUUAG